AUGGAGAAGGUGGUGUAUUACAUCUUUGCCAUGGUGGGGAUGGAGUUGUUCAAAAACAAAGUGAAGUUCUACGAAGACAUCAGUCAUCCUGAGAAGGCAUACUGUGGAAACUCGUUACUGAAAGGCAGCACGUUUGCACAACUCAACUACUGCAAAAAUAAUUUCAAUAAUGUGGUUUCCUCCUUUAUCCUGCUGUUGGAGCUCACUGUUGUCAACCAAUGGCACGUGCUCGGCACCGGAUUUGCCACAGUCACUCAUAAAUCAGCCCUGAUCUUCUUUGUCCUCUUCCACGUCAUGGUUGUGAUCAUCAUCAUCAAUAUCUUUGUGGCGUUUGUUCUCGAGGCGUUCUUUGUGGAGUACUCUGUGGGUAAAGGUGAUCUGCAAACAUCUCUGGAGAGGAAGAUUGAGGAACUGGAGCUCGCCGUGGCACAGGAGAAACUAGAGGACAAUUUGGUCAACGCCAUGGAAACCACUGACAACGACUUAGGAUCUGGGCAGUCACCCACAGCAAACCUGCCUUCGCUACUAUUUAAAGUUUCUUCCAAAAGAUACCGGACGGUGGAUGCGUUGUUGCAGCGGAUGUUCGAGGCGGACCUCGACCCAGAGGAUUUUGCUGAGAACGACAUUCCUGAAGACCAGGCUGGGAACUUUGCAAAUCCAACAUUUGGAGUAGCAUAG